AGAACGAAUAGCAAAAAUAUGAAUGGGAUGUUCAUGUAAGGGAUAUUGUCAAAGCAAACAAUGUGGUUGUGUGAAAAAAAAUUCUUCAUGUAACGAUUCCUGCAAGUGUAACAAAUCUGCAUGUCACAAUCAAAAUGAUACACAAAAUGUAAAUCUUGUGAAGAAACGUACAAAGUCUCAAAUUUCGAAAUCCGUAGAACGGCCUCUUAAUGAACAAAUAAAUAAUAAAAAUGCUGAGCACUUAUAUAGCCCGAAUAGUCUAGAAAAUAUGUUUGAUAAGUUCAGUGAUUUAGAUUUUAAGAAUAUAACUAUUAAGAUUAAUGUUGAAAGUCCGAGUUCUUCAGAUUCGGAUAAUGUUUUUACUCCAAACAAAGACCUAAAUAAAGAAAAUGAGUUUCAUGUGCAAACUAAAGGAGUAGGUGUCCAAACAAGACGUCGGGGUAAAAUGCUCAGUGUGCCUUCGGAAGAUAAAAGACAGGUACGAAGCUCUUUAAAUACUUUUGAUUUCUUCCUUUGAUCA